CCGGCCACACAGACACCAAAAACCAAAGAUGCCUACUCUCCGCGUGCACAUCACGUGCUGCAACAUCAAGAAGCUCGACACCAAGUUCUACAACCUCGAGAAGCCCCGCUGCUGGGUGACCGUCAAGCUCGGCGAGCAGACCCACACCACCCAGGUUGGCAUCGGCCUCGACCCCACGUGGGAGGAGGACGUCGAGUUCGAGGUGACCAACCCCGAGGAGCAGAAGGUCGAGGGCACCUUCUACAUCAAGUGCGAGAAGAACGGCAACGAGCAGCAGCUCGGCGACAUGCAGACCUUCGCCCUCAACAAGCUCCUCCUGAACAAGCAGACGUUCAAGGGUCUUGUCGUGCCCGGCGGCAAGGCGGACAUGAUGUUCACCGCCCUCGACUUCGGAGACGAGCAGGCCGAGGAGGAGGACGACGCCUUCAUGGAUUUCCUCUAAGCUAAGCGGUCCAUCCUCCAGGGUUCGAUCUUCACGGAGCCCGCACAGAGCGUAGGGGUCAUAUAUGCGCGAAGACGACGAGGUGUUCUUUAAAUUCAAGCACGACGUUUCACCGA